AUGGAGCCCAGCAAGUCGCCCGCGCGCCUUGCGGCUCUGUGGAAGAAGUUUUCUGACCCUGAGCUUCCAUAUUCAAGAAUCCUUUUCGUGAAGAACCUCAACUACAAUGUCACCGCAGAGGAAUUGUACGACCUGUUCGGCAAGUUUGGGCCUAUCCGGCAAGUUCGCCAGGGUAUAGCCAACAACACGAAGGGAACCGCGUUUGUGGUUUACGAGGACGUCCACGAUGCCAAGCAGGCCUGCGAUAAGCUCAACGGAUUCAACUUCCAGAACCGAUACCUAGUCGUGUUGUACCAUCAGCCGGAGAAGAUGGUUCGCCCGAAGGAGGAUCUUGCAGAAAGACAGGAAAAUCUGGAAAAGCUCAAAUCACAACACGGGAUUGAAUGA